UCGACGUUCCUCAUCGUAAUCAGUUCCUCCUGCUGGUGGAGGGGAGCAUUACAUUGCUAGACUAGGAAUUUUCCGAUUGGUUGAGAAGGUAAUGGCAAGUGAGAAGAAACAAGGUCCGGGAGGAAAGCCGGAGAACGAAAGCCAAAGCCAGAUAACAGCCUGUGGAGAAGGAAACAACCAAGAUGGAGGGGAGGCUGGGGCCAAGGCGAAAGGGGAGGCCCUGAAAGAGAACCAGCCUGCCCCCAACCAACUAAGAUCUGCCAACGGGGACGUCCCUUGGGCCUGCCCUGACGGCACUUUCAUCAAACUGGUGUUGGAGGCCGGUAAAGGCGUGGAUAAGCCAAAAGACGGUUCCGUGUGCCAGGUCUUCAUUGAGGCUGAACCGGGAGGUCCCCUGAGUUACCCAUCCCACAGUUGGGCUGAGGUGGAGCUGGGGGCGGGUGACGCUGAAUGGGACGGGGCGGUGGACCGCUGCCUGGAGACCAUGCUGGCCGGGGAACGGGCAGAAUUAAGGCUAACGGGAGGAGGGAGCAUUGUUGUCCGCCUGUCCAGCUUCACGCAGGCCAAGGACUCCUGGGAGAUGAGCGCCAGCGAGAAGUGGAACUUGGUCAUCCGCAACAAAGAGCGCGGCAGCGAGCUCUACCGGGCGGGGGAUAUUGGCGCGGCAGCCAGGCGCUAUGCCAAGGCCCUGCGGCUGCUGGUGGCAGCGGCCCCACCCCCGGACUACGACCAAAUUAAAGCCGAGCUCCACGCCAACCUGGCCGCCUGUCAGCUGAGGCUGCGCCAGCCCGCCAACGCUGCGUGCAACUGCACCAAGACGCUGGCCUUGCAGCCGGCCAACACCAAGGCGCUGUUCCGGCGCGGCUUGGCUUACGACGCCAUGAACGACCUGGAAGGGGCUGCGCAAGAUCUGAAGGGUGUUUUGCGAGUGGAGCCGGGAAACCGAGCGGCCCGGCGGGAGCUGGACAGGGUGAUGGAGAGGAUAAAGGCACGGGAUGCCAAACUGGCACGAGCCAUGCAGAAAAUGUUUGGCUGAAUAAAAGGAUU